UAUAAAGAAUUUUGCCAAAAAACUAACAUAAUUCCUAAAAAGUAAAUGUAAUUUAAGCAAAACUGCACAUUCAUAAGUUAAUAUGAAUAGAAACAUCCACAAUAGUAUAAGUUUUACAAAGAAUUCGCCAGAAGUAUCGCAAAGGGACGGAGUUACAUCGACUGAAAACCGCACCAUACCAGAUGACGAACCGUUCGCGACCGACUCAACGCGAAGAAGAAGUAUCGGAGGAAUCCUUAGAUGUGAUGAUACCAUCCUACCCAGGAUCACCAAGAACACUGGAGGGGGCAUUUUCAAUAGAUUCACGAUACUCAGCCGAAGACAUACAUAUGAAAUACAGGAAAGCAAUUGCAUUUCUGCACCACGACCAUGAAUUCUUGGAAGCAGCAGAAUUGGGGGAUCACAAAAAGUUACGAUUUUUAAUCGACCAUAAAGUCGAUAUUCAUUGUAAAGACCACCUUGGACGCAACGCACUGCACUUGGCAGUAUGUACCGGCAAUCGUUACGCAGUGGCAAUGCUUCUCAAUGCUGGGGUUAAUCCCACUAUCAAAGACCACUUGGGCAUGACGCCGCUCUCCUUAUGUCUGAUGAGAAGACCAUCUCUGCGAAUGGCAUCUUUAUUAUUUGAUCAUGGUGCUGUUCUUCUUCCAAGACUAGCUCCUACGGACACGGGUUUGUUCCUGCAGUUCGUUAUGAUGUGCAUACCGACCAAGGAAGAAGAGAGAAUAUUACGUCUUCUAGUACAGAAAGGCGCUCUUGUAAAUGAUCCUGAAGCACCGGGUGGUCGCCAGGCAUUACAUUUUGCUGCUAUGAGUAAUAACACUUGCUUGAUUAACAUACUAAUAGACUUGGGAGCCAAUCUGUUUUGUGUUAAUCACAGAAAUCAAACACCUAAACAGGUCGCUGCGGUAUUUAAUUGUAGACAGGCUUAUGCGCUUUUGGAGCAGUAUGAAAUUCUGCAUGAUCAAAAAUAUAAUCAAAGCCGCAGCGAUACAAGUGCAACCUCUGGAUGUAGCGAUAGUACCACUCAGGAUUAACUACAGGUCAAUGUUAUGUUUCAGUAUAGGUUUUCUGUUUUCACGCGGUUUCACCGCGCGUCCCAGGGAAACUUCGUCACGUACCUGGAUAAAAUAUACGCUGAAGUUAAUCGGGAAAGGUUAAACUUUUCAACAGUGAAAGAAUUUUUCAAAUUGGUUCGGAGGUUUCGGAGCCCUCAUGGUACAAACAAACAAAAAAGUGUUUCCUCUUUAUUAUUAUAUUAGUAUAGUAACAAAUAAUCCAA